AUUGCUUUUGUUUCCGACAGCAACUCCUGUACCACGUGACGUGAAGCAGCUUUGGACUGUGGCUUGGGCAGCCAACCAAGAACCAACAAACCAAGCCUGCCACCCACUCCUCCCAGGCCGCCGCUUGAUCCCCCGCCCGCCGUCGUCGCGGCGAUGUCUCCCGCCUCCGCGCGCGCCCUCACCGUCGACUCCCUCAACCCAAAGGUGCUGGCGCUCUCGGAUCACCUCGGGGGCGCCGUGGCCCGCCGCGCGCAGCGCAUGCAGAAAGAGCUAGAAACAAAUCCAGGUGUAUACCCUUUCAAUGAGAUAAUCUAUUGCAACCUUAGCAAUCCACAUUACCUCGGACAACAGCCAAUUAAGUUCUUCCGUGAGGUUCUUGCCUUGUGUGAUUACCCGCAUCUUCUAAACUGCAGUGUAACUAGUUCCAUAUUCAGUUCUGAUGCAAUAACAAGGGCAAGAGAGAUAUUAGACCUCAUUCCUGGGAGAGCAAUGGGAGGAUACAGCCACUGUCAGGGUACUGAAGGGUUGCGAAAUGCAAUUGCUGCUGGAAUAGCCACUCGUGAUGCUUUCCCAUGCAAUGCGGAGGACAUUUUCCUGACAGAUGGAGCAUCCGCGCCGGUUCAUAUGGUAAUGCACCUAUUGAUACGAGAUGAAAAAGACGGCAUCCUUUGCCCAAUUCCAUCACACUUUCUGUACACAAGCUCAAUGAUCCUGUGUGGUGCUACUCUUGUAUGUAUCACGUUAGUAGAUCGAAAUGUACCAUAUUACCUUGACGAAUCACGAGAUUGGGAUGUGAGUAUUUCGGACCUCAAGAAGCAGCUGGAUGGUGCCCGAUCUCAGGGCAUCAAUGUUAGGGGACUUGUGGUUGUAAAUCCAGGCAACCCUACUGGACAGGUUCUUGUGCGGGAAAACCAGUGUGAAAUAGUGGAAUUCUGCAGGAAUGAAAACCUUGUUCUUCUAGCAGAUGAGGUUUACCAAGAAAAUGUUUACACAGAUGAAAAGAAAUUUAUCUCUUUCAAGAAGAUAGCACGGUCCAUGGGUUUUGGUGAAGGAGAUGUUUCCUUAAUAUCAUUCCAUUCAGUUUCUAAUGGGUACUAUGGAGAAUGUGGGAGAAGAGGGGGUUACAUGGAGGUCACUGGCUUCAAUUCUGAAGUUCGGAAACAAGUAUACAAAGUAGCAUCCCUAAGCUCAUGCUCCAACUUAGCCGGCCAGGUCCUCGUGAGCCUAGUCAUGAACCCACCAAAGGUUGGAGAUGAGUCAUACACCUCUUACCGGGAAGAAAGAGAUCGCAUUAUGUUAUCAUUAUCCCGGUGUGCAGAGGCCAUGGUGCAGGCAUUCAACAGUCUGGAAGGCCUGACUUGCAGCAAGGCUGAAGGGGCAAUGUUUGUAUUCCCAUCUGUUCGGCUGCCUAAAAGGGCAAUUGCGUCUGCUGAGGCAAUGAACACCAAACCAGAUGUGUUCUACGCUCUCCGCCUUCUUGAAAACACUGGCAUCAUCGUCUUGCCUGGUUCUGUGUUCGGACAAGUACCUGGCACAUGGCAUUUCAGAUGCACAAUCCUGCAACAGGAGGAGAAGGUACAGCUGAUCAUCUGUCGCUUUAAGGCGUUCCAUGAAGCUUUCAUGGAAGAAUUUCGCGAUUAAAAGUCGCCGGCUUAUGUUAUCUGUAGCACAACUUAGAAAGUCCGGACAGACAAAUACAUGAGCUUUGUAACUGUCAGUUAUUACAUGAUUUAUGUCUGGAACAAUUGAGUUUGUCCUUUGUACCAUUCUGAAGUUAAUCUAAACUUAUCCUUUUCAAAACAAAA